GUUGUACUAGUAAUACUCUGUGUUUUUCAUUGUCGGAAAUUUUGUACAUUGAACACGAGAUUCAAUUUUAUAUAAGAGAAAAUGGAUUGAGAAAGAUGGAGAAUUGAUCGAUUUGGGAUAAGAAUGAAAUUUCAUAAAGUUUGAAGAAUUUUUCGAUUUUGAUUUGGAUAAUGAGAUGAAACAAUUUUGAUAUGAAAUAAAAAAAAAUUAAAAUCUGGGUUCUUAACAUUAUGAAUCAUGAUUGAUUAUGGAAUAGAUAAAAUUGAGUAACACAAGAGGAAUCAGGUGGAUGUUACAUGAUUUUAGUUUGAUUUUGAAAAAAUAGUAAUGAAAGAUGAAGGUGAAAAUCGUGAGAGGGAGGAUGUUUGAGAAACAAAGAUUUGGAGAUUUAGGGAUCAAUUGAGUAGGAUCGGGUUAGUGGGUUAGGAUAGUGUGUGGUUGGGUUAGUAAAUAAGUAGAACUUUCUAGGCUUCAUGGUCUUUUCCUCCUAUUUUUGAUUUAAUUUUAAUUCAUUUUUAAAAUAAAAAGGCAAGAGGUCCAUAUGAGAUUAUUUUGAUCCCUUGUGGUCCAUUACAGCAUUUGUUCCAAAAAAAAGAUUUCACCGUGAAAUAUGGUUUAAUUGUAAAUGGAAAAAGACUCACCACACCACAAAUUCACAUGCAAAACCAACGGCACCUCCUCGCACGCCACACGUCUUCAUCAGACGGCUACUAUUACAUAAUGAAAGCAAACAAAUAUAUAAAAACAAAAUAAUUUUGAACCAAAAGAUACUCAUAAUUUCAUUAAAAAAAUCGCCAUUUUCAACCCUUUUUCAUUUUUUACUGCCAAAAACUAAAGUUUAAGGAAGCAGAAUAGAGAAUGACAUAUGCGUGGGAUGUGUAUAAAUAGAAAACAUAUGCGUGGGAUGAUCGACAUGCAACGAUGAAAUCAUCAUCGGUUUUCUGGGAAAGCUCAGAGAAAACACAGAGAUGGAUAGCUUCAAACAUGGGAAGAUCAUCGCCAUUCCUCUCGCCUUUUCUUUGUAUAACGCUCUUCUUCACCGUUUUCUUGGUUUACCAUCAAAGUCCUUUCAGGUCCAUCUCCGAUCAAAAUGUUCCCACUCCCCAACCUCAAAUCGAUCCUGAAUGUAAUUUGUUCAAGGGACAUUGGGUUCCAGACAAAAGAGGAUCUUUGUACACAAACUCAAGCUGUUCCACUAUUCCUGCUUCCAAGAACUGCAUAAAACAUGGGCGAUCAGACAGAGAUUUCUUGUUUUGGAGAUGGAAACCCGAUGGCUGCGAUCUCCCUAGAUUUAACCCUAAGGCGUUUCUCAGUAUGGUUAGAGGCAAGAAGAUGAGUUUUAUUGGUGAUUAUGUAGCAAGAAACCACAUGGAAUCUCUUCUUUGCUUGUUGUCAAUGGAAGAAACUCCUAGAGAGAUCUACAAGGAUGGAGAAGACAGAAACAGGAUUUGGUACUUUCCUAGUCAUGAUUUCACACAAUCUACAUCUUGGACUAAGUUUCUUGUGGCGGGACAAGAGAGGGUAGACAGUAACAAGACCGGAACUGGAUUGUUUGAUAUAGAUCUUGCCAAGAUGGAUGAAGGGUGGUCCAAGGGUCUGCCAAAUACAGACAUUUCUAUUGUCUCGGCUGCUCACCGGUUCUUCAGACCAAUAAUCAUCCAUAGAGGAGACGAGACGCUUGGUUGCAUCUACUGUAACUUACCAAACAUGACUCAGAUAAGCCCGGACGAAGGGUUUAAGCUUGUUUACUCAGCGCUAUUUAAGCACAUCAGUGAGUGUAAGAACUGCAAGGAAGACUUAGUUACGGUCCUGAGGACUAUUUCCCCUUCCCAUUUCGAGAACGGGACUUGGGAUACUGGAGGAGCGUGCAGCAGGAUAAGUCCUUUUGGUGAGAACCAGAUCGAUCUCCAGAGUAACGAGAUGAAGAUCAGGACAUCUCAGAUUCAGCAGCUUGAAGGUGUAACAAAAGGAGACUAUGAAGGAAAGAAGUUUGCGGUUUUGGAUGUGACUAAGGUUAUGCUGAUGAGACCUGAUGGGCAUCCUAAUGGUCAUUGGGGAAAUAAAUGGAUGAAAGGUUAUAAUGACUGCGUCCACUGGUGUUUGCCAGGGCCUAUUGAUGCGUGGAACGAGUUUCUAAUGGCCGUAAUUAGACAAUUAAGAUGAUCCAUUUGUGGAUUUUUUUUUUUUUCUGAACAACUAUGAUCCAUUUGUGGAUAAACAUACAAAAAUAUACUUUUGUAUAUAUAGAAGUAGACCUCCAAAUUAGGGAAACUUUAUAUAAAAAAAAACUUUUAAAAGAAA